AUGGUCGCCGUGGGGAACAUCUACGUGAUUGCAGCCGUCUCCGUCAUUGGAGGCGGUCUGUUUGGCUUUGAUAUCUCGUCCAUGUCUGCUAUUCUCGGCACCACUGCGUACAAGUGUUAUUUCAACCAUGGCCCUGAGGGCCCCCCAUUCAAUGAUAAUGAGAAGUGCUCUGGUUUGAGCUCGUUGGCUCAGGGUGGUGUCACUGCUGCUAUGCCCGCUGGUUCGUGGCUUGGUGCUUUGAUUUCUGGUUUCAUUUCGGAUCGUCUGGGUCGCAAGUAUGCGAUUAUGGUGGGAUGUAUUAUCUGGGUUAUCGGUUCGGCGAUUAUCUGCGCUUCGCAAAACAUGGGCAUGUUGAUUGCCGGCCGUGUGAUCAACGGUCUAUCUGUCGGUAUCGAGUCUGCUCAAGUCCCCGUCUACAUCUCCGAGAUCUCUCCUCCCUCUCUGCGUGGCCGUCUCGUCGGUUCCCAGCAGUGGGCUAUCACCUGGGGUAUCCUGAUCAUGUACUACAUCUCCUUCGGCUGCUCCUACAUCGGAGGCGAUACCGCCACCACCUACAGCCAGUCCGUCUUCCGUAUCCCCUGGGGUGUCCAGAUGGUCCCAGCCAUCCUGCUCUUCGGCGGUAUGACCUUCCUCCCCGAGUCCCCCCGCUGGCUGGCCCGCAAGGACCGCUGGGAGGAGUGCAAGGAAGUCCUCACCCUGGUCCACGGCAAGGGCGAUCCCACCAGCCCAUUCGUCCAGGCCGAAUUGCAAGAGAUCAGCGAUAUGUGCGAAUUUGAGCGCCGCAACGCCGACGUGUCUUACCUGGAGCUAUUCAAGCCUCAGAUGAUUCAUCGUACUUUCAUCGGUAUCUGGACCCAGAUCUGGUCGCAGUUGACCGGUAUGAACGUCAUGAUGUACUACAUCACCUACGUGUUUAGCAUGGCCGGCUACUCUGGUGACGCUACCCUGCUCGCUUCGUCUAUUCAAUACAUCAUCAACGUGGUCAUGACCGUCCCCGCUUUGAUCUGGGUUGACCGCUGGGGCCGUCGUCCUACUCUGCUCAUCGGUGCCGCUCUGAUGAUGACCUGGAUGUACGCCAACGGCGGUAUCAUGGCUACCUACGGCGAGGUUGUCAUCGGUGGUAUCGACGGCGUCCCCGAGGAAUCGAUGCGUCUCUCCGGUGCUCCAGCAAAGGGCCUGAUUGCCUGCACAUAUCUCUUCGUCGCCUCCUACGCACCCACCUGGGGUCCUGUAUCCUGGGUCUACCCUCCCGAGCUGUACCCCCUGCGUGUCCGUGGUAAGGCCGUCGCCCUGGCCACUUCUGCCAACUGGGCCUUCAACACCGCACUGGGUCUGUUCACCCCCGUUGCGUUCGCGAAUAUCCGCUGGCAGACGUACAUCAUCUUUGGUGUGUUCUUGACAGCCAUGUUCAUUCACGUUUUCUUCUUGUUCCCCGAGACUGCUGGUAAGACCCUCGAGGAGACUGAGCAGAUCUUUGAGGAUCCCAAUGGUAUUCCGUACAUUGGUACCCCUGCCUGGAAGACUUCUCACGAUACUAAGCGGACUAUCGCUGCCGAGCGUGGAGAUGUCGAGGUUUUGGGGGAGAAGUUGGCGGGUGGUGAGAAGACUGCUGCUACUCACAAUGAGACUACGGUUUAA